AAGGCAUAUCAGAAAUUGUAAAAGGAAAAAAGGAAAAUGGCAGGAGGGGCUGUAAAGGCAACUGCUUUCCUCCAACGACCACCACUCAUACUCCCACACCGUCAUCCGGUGAACCACCUUAAUGUUCGCCGGAGAUUCGCCGGAGCAAAUUCUAUCAAUCUAACCAAUUCAUUUGCUUGUAGAUGUACAACCACAAAUGCUGCCAGUGGUGUGUUGACAAUUGCACCAUUGGAGGUGAACACGAUCAAGGAAACAUGUAGCAAGUGGGAGUGGAGAGGCUACACUAUUAAUUACUUCAAGUACCAAGGGCAAAAUGGUCAGAAAUCCAACCCUCCCUUGCUUCUUGUUCAUGGUUUUGGUGCUUCUGUUGCUCACUGGCGCAGGAAUAUCCCGACGUUAGCUCAGACCAGUACAGUUUACGCCAUUGAUCUUCUUGGUUUUGGGGCUUCAGAUAAACCAAUCGGUUUCGCAUACACCAUGGAAACAUGGGCACAGUUGAUAUUGGAUUUCUUGGAAGAAAUUGUCCAAAAGCCCACAGUGCUUGUUGGGAACUCUGUUGGAAGUCUCGCGUGUGUUAUUGCUGCUGCAGAUGCUCAGAAUUCACUGGUUAAAGGGCUUGUUCUGUUAAACUGUGCGGGUGGCAUGAACAAUAAGGCGAUAGUUGAUGAUUGGCGAAUUAAGCUUUUAUUUCCUUUGUUAUGGUUUAUUGAUUUCUUGUUGAAGCAAAAAGGAAUUGCAUCUUUCAUCUUUGAACGGGUCAGACAAAGAGAGAGUCUUAGAAACAUCCUGUUAUCAGUUUAUGGAAACAAAGACUCUGUUGAUGAUGAUCUCAUAGAGAUAAUCAGGGAACCAGCACUUGAUGAAGGGGCACUAGACGCCUUUGUCUCCAUCGUGACCGGGCCACCAGGGCCGAACCCUGUUCACUUGAUGCCAAAAAUUAAACUUCCCGUCUUAAUCCUGUGGGGUGAUGAUGACCCGUUUACGCCUCUUGACGGGCCAGUUGGUAAAUACUUCUCAUCCCUACCGUCGAAAGUCCAAAAUGUUAACCUCUCUGUUUUACAAGGUGUUGGACACUGCCCUCAUGAUGACAGGCCGAAUUUGGUUCAUGAAAAGUUGGUCCCAUGGGUGGCCGCUCUUUCUUCUUCAUAAACAUAUUCAUGUAUUGAUGAUUGUAUAGGUCCGUCAGUUCAUAUAUUCCAAUGUUAUUGGCAUUACACGCUGUAAAAGUACAUUGGAAAACCGAAAUCUACGGUACAUUUUGACAACAUUACAUGAUGUAAGAAUCAAAGAAUCAAUGGUAAAUUAACCCGACCCACAUGGAAGAA